AUGGUGAUGAAAAGAGGCGGGGUCGUGCGGAGAGGACGUUUAUCCUAACGCAGUGAGAAGGAAGUUCGCUAUAGGGAAGACCAUGUUGCUUGCCAUUGGGAAGGAAGGUUGCUGCAUUGAUUGAUUGAUUGAUUGCCGCGCGCGAAAGCGCAUUUUCGUGGAUCGAACGCUUGAAGGGCGUUGCACCCCUUGAUUAGUGCCAUCGCUGUCGUUGCAGAUUUCUUUUGGCUGGUGUUCGGAUGUGAGGAGUAGAAACUUCGCUUUUAUUUGCAGUUAUCGCUGUCGAUUUCUGCGCAAACGUGCAAUCAUCCCUGAGAAAUCCGUGUUUGGAGAGGCAGUUGCUUGCGACGGAUGUGCGGUGGAUUUAAGUGAAGAAAGAGAAGUGUACUGCUUGUGGUUUUGCGAGAGGUUGAUGUAUCUGUAGCGGCGGUGUCAGUAGUUUAUGUGGAGAUUUGCGGAGGAGUUUUGUAGUGGUGUGUAGCGCCCCCCUAAGUGUUACGGAUCUUCCUAAACAGGCUUUGGACUAUAUAGAAAGAUUAUUGAUGCGGACUCGGUUCCGAAGCAUCAGAAAGUGGAAGUUCCACAUCAACUUGGAUUGGUGAAGACUAAGGUAGCAAAGGGUGUCAAGAUCACAGGCGCAGUUUAUUGCGAUCAAGUUCGGAGUUGGUGUUCCUGAAACAUUGACCAGGGUGGUCCUGGUGGCCAUUCCAAGUCGCGAAUGAGUGCGUCGGAUCCUCAUAAAUAGUUCCCGUCGUUUAGCAACAUCAUUGGUAUGUGUCUGUACACGAAGCACGAUAGCCUCGCCAGCCAGCCAAGACGCUCUCGAUACAGGGACCGAAGAGAAUUGGAAAUCACUGCAUGAUAAUAGUACUACAUGUUCUUCAGUCGUGGAGGAUAUCCAUUGAUCCUUUCUUAGAACGAGUAUCGAAGCCGUGGGAGUGUCCCGCCUUAGAACAUCGACCGUGAGCCUGCGCAGUUAGAGCGGGAGCAGCAGCUGGACAGGCUUCUGGAGGCAGGGAAGAGACUGGUUACCGUGUGGUGUAGCUGCAUCAAGAAUCACGGACUCUAGGAUAAAAUUAGUAUACUUGAGAUUAACUUUAUUUGAGCUUAAAGGAAGCAAGAGGAGGGACGAAGGACAGUGUAAGCACAGGACCGGAUCGCACGGUAAAAGAUGAGUUGCGAUGGGUGUCGUGUGUUGCGCAAAGGCUGCAGCGACACCUGCAUACUCCGUCAUUGCCUGCAAUGGAUCGAAAGCGCGGAUGCCCAAGGACAUGCUACCGUAUUCGUGGCAAAGUUCUUCGGCCGCGCAGGUCUCAUGGGUUUUAUUAGUGCAGUACAUGAGACUGAACGCCCUGCGCUGUUCCAGUCACUGCUGUACGAAGCCUGUGGACGUACAGUAAAUCCAGUAUUCGGGGCUGUGGGACUGCUUUCGGGCGGAAAUUGGCAAGCCUGUCAGACGGCUGUAGAGACAGUUCUUAAAGGCGGCACCCUUCGUCCCCCGUCUACUACAUCUUUGUCCUCUUGCUUACCUGCAAAUCAAAGUUCCAACAAGGUGCUAUUUCCUGCAUUCAACGCGUUUCCAAAGUUCACUACCCCUCUACCUGUCAGAGGAGACGAUGACGCACAAGGAGCAAGCACACCUCCAUCCAGAUCUGUUACAGAACCGGUUCCGGAACGUGAGAAUAACGGACUCGGUGUCGCAUCCUCUCUCCCAAGAAGUCGUGACCUCGAAAAGUACGUCGAUGGCGGACUCGACGCUGCCAUGAAAGGAUGGCACGAAGAAUCUGUUCGAAGACAAAACGUGAAUCAGAUGCUCAGCUGGCCAAGCGGCAUAAAUUAUUCUAGAGAUAUUAAGAAUCACACUCCCAAGGACUUGUAUGAGCGCAGGAUGUUCAAACCCAAAGAAUUAGGCUUCUUGGAUUUGUAUGGAACACAUGCAGUGUGUCCAUCUCCUCGAAGGGUGAAGGCCAGAGUGGACUUUUCAUUGGUGAAUCCGUCUGGACUCCAAGAAGCAGCGAGAGAACAUCUGAUAACUACUCCACGAGCUGAUCAACUUGAACUUGACCUGACCUUGACAGUGAAAGGAGCCAAAGCGGGUCAAAUUGUUGGAAGCAAGAGAGUUUCCAGCCCGAGCGAGUCUGUAAAUUCGGAAGGGUCGGUGACUACCCUUGACAGCACACCACGUCAUCAUUCAAGGAUUUCAGCUUGGACGACUAAGAUGGACCACGUGACACCACCUUUCAGCAAGCUCCUGCCUCUUCUGCAGUAAACCUGCAGUUUAAUUUACUCUGUAGAUUACCAUUUAGAGGUUUUUUUGUAAGUGAUAUACAGGCAUUAAUCACGUAAUGCUCAUCUCAGGUUUUCAUGUCCACAUAACUACGUGAUUUUAUGUGUUCGGUUGUUCGUUUGGAUAAGCCUGUCUUUGCCUAACUAGGAAUGUGGCCAAGCUUGUCCACGAACGCAUUAGCAGGAUCGCGUCGUCGCGAACCAUUACAGGUUGCUUUCUGUUUUUUUUUUUUUUUUUUUUUUUUUUUUUUUUUUUUUUCGCUAUUUGGUACCAUUUAAGUUCAACUUGGGUGCAGUAGUCUAGUGGUCAUGUCCGUCAGGCCUUAAGGAACAGUGCCCAGCUUGGGAAUUCCAAGCUGAAAUGGAAUGAUAACGAGUCGACGACUUCAAGGCAUGGCUGUCUUAAUGUUUGCAGAAGAGUAUCUGCCCCUUGUAA